AUGUGUGUUUACGGUAAAUUUGCAUACGUUACAAAAUACAACACAACAUUAUCUAUGAUGUUUCGCUUUAGCAGGGUGAAUCUCAAGCUACGUCGGUACAACUCAUCUUCGACUACGUCAUCGGCUCAAUACAUCCGUCCACGUCCCAAAUUCUACUCCCUUCUAAAGACACCAACCACUAAAUCACUUAUUCUUGCACUAAUAACUACAUCGAUUAUGGUCGACUUACUCAAGGCCCGUCGUGAAACUGAACAGUUGCAAAAAUCAUACUCUACAAAAUUUGAAAUAUUACGUGGUGUUAUUGAAAAAUUAAAAAACGGUGAGCCUGUUGAUUUGGCAAAAGAAUUGAAUUUGGCCAAUACUUUCACAAGAUUGAAAUACGGGCUGAUGGUGGAUGUUGAAUUUGACGAGCAAUUGGAGGAGUUUUUAAAAAUGGCAAAUGAAGAUACAAUAGAAGAAAUUGGUGUGAUAAAGAGUGGGGCUAAUAACGCUACUCAAGCUGGUACAAAAGAGAUUUCUCAGAUUGGUGCUAAGAAUAUUGGUCAAAGCGAUUAUGGGCAACCAGAAGGUGAGGUAUCGGUAUAUACAAAUGGAUCAACAGUUGGAAAUAUACUGAAAACCAAAGAUGUUGAUAUCAAGAAUGAGAAUGUGCAAGGAAAGCUACAAGGUAAUUUCCUAUAG